CGAUGGAUCCGCGACGGGACGAGGGGGGGAAGGAGAGAUGAGGGACACAGGGGAGCAGAUCGACGUGGACGACGACGUCGAGGAGGUUGCACGGGCGGGACCGUCAGUGAGUGAGCGAGGGAAGGGCGUUGUCAGCGAGCCGGGGGGGCAGCAGGGCCAGUACUUUGCGUCGGCGCACGUGUCGGCUCGUACACGGGUAGGUGCGGAUACGGUUGAGGCGGGUGCGUCUGCGGGGAAGAGGAAGGAGAGAGAGGAGGGGGACAGACCGACGACAGCACAGAAGAGGAUGAGACAGAACAUGAUCACGGAGUCAUUCUCUUCAAAGUGGCAGAUGGAGUUCAAGAAGAAGUGGUUGUGGUUUGUGUACAGUCAACGCCUGGCAUUCAACGUCUUCCGUAGCGAGCCACGGUUGGACGUCGUCCAACACUUCAAGGACUUGUCGGGGCCAGUGAAGGUGUUGUGGCCUUCAGAGAAUGAGAUCGCGGACAUAGAGACCAUUGUCCACACGGUGGACGAUGUGGGAGCUGAUCUUGCGGAGGUCAGGGCUCCUUUCUAUGUCACGGGGGCCACCAUUAUGUCAGACGAAAGGAAGUCACGCGAUGCUAGACCCAUCGUGAACUUCCUUGCCGGCGGGUCGCGUGGGGUGAUGCUCGUCCGGACGAUGAACAGGGAGGUUAGGGCGAUCAGUGAGAGUCGACUAACGAGCAAGUUUGAAAGGUGCGUAAGUGCGAGAGUUGGGCAAUCCGACGAGCUGGUGUUAGGUAUGCGGGGUUGACGUGCGGGGCCGCGACGGACUAUGGCACAUGGGCGAACCUGACCUGCAAGUGGAGUGACAACUCUGCGUUGAUA